UCUCCAUUUUUGGAGCCGUUCUCUUAGGAGUCUCAAAAUAUCAACUUAUAUUCUUUUUUGCUCCUAUGCUUUCUUUCAUUCUUGCCAAUUGAAUUAUCAAUCAUGGCGAUGGCCGACACAAUGACCGAUCCGCUUGAUAAACACAUCAAAGCAGGUAUGGAAAAAUCUGAAAUUGAGAACAACGAGGAAGAGAGGAAGACAAGGCUCGCGUCCUUAAAGAAAAAGGCGAUCAAUGCCUCGAACAAGUUCCGAAACUCCUUAACUAAGAAAGGACGCAGACACAGCAGAGUUAUGUCUGUUUCAAUUGAGGAUGACAUUAAUGCUGAGGAAAUGCAGGCCGUUGAUGCAUUUCGUCAAACUCUUAUCCUUGAUGAGCUUUUGCCUUCUAAACAUGAUGAUCACCAUAUGAUGCUCAGGUUUUUGAAGGCUAGGAAAUUUGAUGUUGAGAAAGCUAAACAAAUGUGGUCUGAUAUGAUCCAGUGGAGGACCGAUUUUGGCACCGACAUGGUUCUCGAGGAUUUCGAGUUCGAGGAAUUAGAUGAAGUGUUGAAAUACUAUCCACAAGGAUACCAUGGCGUCGACAAGGAAGGACGACCAGUUUACAUCGAAAAACUGGGCGAAGUUGAUGCAACCAAGCUGAUGCAAGUUACGACAUUGGACCGAUACGUGAAGUACCAUGUCCGAGAGUUCGAAAAAACCUUUGCUUAUAAGUUCCCAGCUUGUUCUGUUGCAGCUAAGAAGCACAUUAACCAGAGCACCACUAUUUUGGAUGUGCAAGGAGUGGGUCUCAAGCAAUUCACUAAAACUGCAAGGGAACUCAUUACUCGUAUUCAAAAGAUUGAUGGUGACAAUUACCCUGAGACACUGAACCGCAUGUUCAUCAUCAAUGGUGGAGCUGGAUUCAGGCUUUUAUGGAAUACAGUUAAAGGGUUCCUUGACCCUAAGACUGCUUCUAAAAUCCAUGUCCUUGGUAACAAAUACCAGAGCAAGCUGCUUGAAAUUAUUGAUCCUAGUGAGCUGCCAGAGUUUCUCGGUGGUGCUUGUAACUGUGCAGACAAGGGCGGAUGCAUGAGGUCCGAUAAGGGACCAUGGAAUGAUCAAGAAAUAAUGAAGGUGGUUCAUAAUGGCGGAGCCACAUGUCGCAGGAAAACUCUGUCAGGAAUUGAGGAGAAGAUGGUAGUUUCUGAAUAUGACAAGGGAUGUGAUUCUUUUACUAAGGAAUCAGAUGUUGAUAUUGAUCAUCCGAAGCUAUCUCCUUAUCCUGAAGAUUAUCCCAUCAGGAACAAGACCAAGAUUGUCAACAGCUUUGACAAAGUCAUUCCAAUGAUUGACAAGUCAGUAGACGCUGCCUGGCCAUCUCCGAUGAAGAGUCAUGGAUAUGGCAUGGCUCAAGAUAUGUUCCCAAUGGAUGGUGGUUGCAAAUCUGAAGCAAUCAACAAUCCGCUCAUCAGCGGACUUUUGGCAUUUGUGAUGGGAAUAGUGACUAUGGUUCGGAUGACACGAAACAUGCCUCGUAAACUUACUGAAGCUGCUAUAUAUGGCGGUCAGGUUUACUAUGAUGAUCCAAUGGGGAAAGGGCAUCAUCACACAUUGCCAGAAUCUUCAAUCUCCACUUCUGACUACAAGAACAUGAUGAUGCGCAUGGCAGCCAUGGAAGAGAAGUUGAAUUUCCUUGCCACAAAAGCUGAAGUCAUGCCACCUGAGAAAGAGGAAAUGCUGAAUGCUGCCGUAAGGCGUGCUGACGUUCUCGAGCAAGAGCUGGCUGCUACUAAGAAGGCACUUGAUGAUGCAGUUGUUAAACAGCAGGAGCUCCUGGAGUACAUUGAUAAGAAAAAGAAAAAGAAGAAGUUUUUUGGAUUCUGACAACAGAAUUCAUAAAGCUUAGAGAGGUGAAAAGUGGUGCUUGAUCUGCGGGAUUCAAAUAUUAACUUGAUAAUUUACUAAUACUGGGGAUUAUAGAAACUUUUUUGCCCUAUAUUUGUUGUAAUUUUCAAAUUGUUUUUGGCUUUGUACAAUAUAUAUCACUGUGAAAGUGUUUUUACUUGUUCACAAUUGUCUAAAUUGGAAUGACAAUUGACUUUAGUAUAAUCUAAAUUAAAUUAUCCUAUUUUGUUUUUA